UUCUACAAAUGCACAACAGUACUCACUACCGCGUGUGAUUGUCCCUAAAGCCGCGUUUCUCAAUUACACGGUACCGUUUUUGAGAAUAUCCGACUCACUCGACCGCUUCACCUUUUAUUGGUACUCGGAAUCGGUGAAUCCAUAUAACUGAACGUGAACAAUAUAUCUAUUUUGAAGAACAAAGUUCGACAUGGUCUAGUUGAUUUUUCAGUAGUUAUUCCAGUUAAUAAUUAAUUCGACGAUGUCGCGUGAGUGGUGGCACGAGAUCCAGAGACGUGUUCACGUGUUUUGAAAAAAUUGUCUCAAGUGACAGUGUAAUGACAUGCUAUUGGUGGAAGUGUCACAAAGACGAGUCAGCAUAAUAUUAUUAUUUUGAACAGCGUUGAUUUUUGUUGCACAUUGCUUGUGCUCCAUAGACGCGUCGCGAUGUUCUGAACUCGACUGUUUUCUCCUGAACCCGGAAAACUGGCAUGUGCAACGUAGAAGUCUCGACCAGUAAGAAGAUAGCACACAUGGCACGUGCAUUGAGUGUCACUCGCUGUUCAAAAACAGUUUAAAGACCGUUUAAAAACAGUUCAAACACCGUUUAAACAAAGCCCAAACACCGUUUCAACGUAGCUCAAACACCUUUAAAACCCAAUUCAAACACCGUUCAAACCUAUUUCAAACACCGUUUUAACACAGUUCAAACACCACAGUUUCUCAACGGGGGGCGCACAUAAUCAUGACACUUGCUUCAUAGAAAUGUAGCCCUGUUCUGAACACGACAGUUGCGGGUUAUCAGAGGGCGUACACAUGCCACGUGCGACAUAGAAGUGUCACCCUGUUUUGAAUAGAACACUUGGUUAUCAGACGACGCACAGUGGCGUGCAGCCAGAUGCUGAAGUCGGUGCUCUGCAAGUCGGGCUCGUCGCUCGACCUGUCGUCGCUCGGUCGCGGCGACACUGACGGCGACGGCGACGCUGCCGCAGGCGAUGAGUCAUCGUCGGGCGUGCAGCGCGAAGGCAAACUGCGCCGUGUCUUCACGACACACGUGCGUCGGCGCAGCAAGAAGAAGUCAGGCGCCGCUGGCUUCAGCCUCAGCCGCAUGAUGAAGGAGCCGCUGCGUGUUGUGCAUUCCGUCCCACUUAGCUACUCCAACGGUUCAUCUUCGAAUGAUCUCAUUUCAAGAAGAGGAGUAUUCAGCAGACGUCAUUACGGGUCAGUGGAACUGCUGCCUCAGAAAGAAGCCAAUGGUCAAGAUGUCCACAGCAGAAGAUUUCGAGUUGAGAACGGUGAUUCUUUGGGAGAGAAGGAGGAGAUUUUUGGAUCGCCGAGUACACCAGUUCUUGAGAAUCCUGAAUAUCAAACACGAUGGUACUUUAAGUAUUUUCUUGGAAAAUUACACCAGAAUUAUGUGGGUGCAGAUGGUGAAAAGAGAAGUUUCUUCCUGUCAGUGGUGCUGGCAGAAGCUAAUAACCAGUGCGGCCCUCAGUACAGGGCUAUCCUAUGGAAAAAGACGGGUGCUCAGAAAAUAUCAUUGCCAUAUUCACCUAAUAAACCGAUGACAGUGAAACAAAUUCUAAGUAAUUUUCCCAACAUGGAGAAGCUUGAGAAAGGGCCAAAAGAAAUUUUCUCACCUGAUAUUCAGAAGGACCUAUUACUACUUGAAGAGCAGGAAGGGUCUGUGAAUUUCAAAUUUGGAGUGCUCUACACAAAGCCAGGACAACAUAGUGAUGAUGAGAUGCUCAGUAACGAAUUCGGCAGUCCAGAAUGGGAUCAGUUCAUCUCACUCCUUGGAGAUAAAAUAACAUUGAAAGGAUGGGAUAAAUACAGGGGUGGGUUAGACGUUAAAGGUGAUAUGACUGGGAAAAGUUCUGUAUAUACAAUUUAUGAGGGCCACGAGAUAAUGUUCCAUGUAUCAACACUCCUUCCAUACUCUAAAGAUAAUAGGCAACAGGUGGAACGAAAAAGGCACAUUGGGAAUGAUAUAGUGAAUAUAAUAUUUUUUGAUGGUGGACCUGCUCAAAUGUCUCAAUUCAAUCCAACAAGUAUCAAAUCGCAGUUUACACAUGUAUUCGCUGUUGUAUGUUAUUGUAGUGAAGAUAAUAGUUAUCGUCUAGUCGUUUAUUCAGAAGAAUCGGUGCCAUUAUUUGGACCAUCACUUCCAUGCCCUCCAGUCUUUCGAGUAGCUGAAGAAUUUAGAGAGUUUCUUAUAGUGAAGUUAAUAAAUGGCGAGAAAGCAGCGUUCAACACACCCACGUUCUCACAGAAAAGGGAACGAACUCUCGACAUGCUCAUCAAAGACUUGUAUUCCGAGCACAUGGGAGAGAUGAGCAGAGGAGUCGGUACAAUGCUGAACAGACGAGCAUUUAGCGACGUGCUGGCUGAGCCACCGCGCGGCUCGCGGCGCAAAGAGGAGGCACGCCAGGUGGAGUUUGUGCGCAUAGGUCAGGCGCUGAAGCUGGACACCAUCAUGAAGGGGGAUGCGCCCACCAGUCUGGCCACCACCGGACUCUUCAAGCGCGCGCCCUGGGAGCCUCACUGCUUCUAUCCCGACUUCGGCUAUGAGGUCACCUGUGGAGAUUCCUGGGGCGACUCAAAACUGGUCAUUGCCACCGAUUCUGGCGUCUUUGUUGUUGAAGAUGGAUCCUCACAUCGGCAAAUAUUCGACAAAACAAUAACAAUCAAACAGCUCAAUGUAGUCGAGGCUCAUGGAAUUCUACUUUUCCGUGCCGAUAAAGGUCGAGACAGCAAAAUUCAUGUGUUCAGACUGUCAGAUUUUGAGAGUGAAAGCAACAGUACACAGACAACAGAUAAUGUGAGAACGCGGAUGGAUUUGAAAGAGCACCGGCUUGAGAGAACGAGAGGCUGCGGAAUGUACGCUAUCAGCAGACCUGGAGGAUCUCAUCUCAGGAUGGUUGUGAGUUUGGGAAAGAAGCUACUUCUGAUGCAGUGGAGGCAUUCAGCCGCUUGGACAGCGUGGUGUCCGGCCUCCGAUACAGAUACUAUCGAUGGAUUUCAGUUUAUUCGGGAGAUCCAAGUGAGCGAGCAGCCGACACUGAUUACCCUGGUAGACUCGUCCCUGGCGGGCUCGGCGGGAGGCUCGUGUGACAACACAGUCUGCGUCGGAUAUCGCCAUCAAUUCGAUCUGAUAAACGAGCGCACCGCAGAAGUCAGUCAUCUAUUUUCGGUGCAAGACGGCACCAAGGCCCACCUCGUCGCUGCUGUUGAUCUCUAUGAAGACGAGGAACCUGAACUCUUGCUCUGCUAUAAUAAUACAUGCCAUUUUCAAAAAAUAUCUGAAACAAGACCAACAACGGAGUUUGAUUUUCGUUGGAACUUCAUUCCUUCUUCUAUUGUCUGUGCCUUUCCCUAUAUCCUCGCUUUCACAAAUGAUUCAAUGGAGAUCCGUCUCAUAAUCAAUGGAAAUCUAGUUCAAACGAUGGCCAUGCCUAAAUUAGCGUUGAUUACAUCGAAAAACGACAUUUUCUUUGCCACGACUGCUCCUGAGUUCUUCCCAAGUCGGACGGAACGGCUUCACGUUGACCAGCGAUCGGAGAGAGAUACCAGUCUAUCCCCUCCUUCCUCGCCUCAUUUGUCGCCAGAGGCAAGGCCGUUCCGUCUGUACCGAAUUCCGCUGCACGCUCUGAGUGGAAUGGUAGCGCCGUGCGACCGGAGGUGUCCGACCCCCUCCCCGGAGCCCCCCGAGUCCGGAGGUCCGAGGGAAGCCCAUGCUCCGCCCGUCGAGAGGUGCAACUCCAGCAAACUGACCCUGUUGGCAGAGCCAGCUGGUCCCGGUGCGUCCAGGGGCCUCAGUCGCAGUUGCUCGUCCUCACCUACUCCCCACAUCGCCAACUGAACACCUCCCCCCUCCCUUCCAACCUCGUGUCUUUCUUCACUCCAUAUUUGUCAGCCGAUUGUACAAAAGUCAAUCAAUUUUGAAAUUGCACGUAGAAAUUUGGAGAAUCUGUAUUAUUCUGUUGUGGGGGAAUAAAUUAUGUUUCAGUUAGACUGUAAAUUUAAAUGAGAACUACCUACCACAAGCGAAGUUCCACAGGAGACAGGGGAGACAUGCAUCCCCUCAAUAUUUUGGUCCAUGUAGGUGGAGUGAAAAUCAUAGAAACUUUGAAGGAAUUAUAUGAAGCAAGUUGAAACUAAGCUUAUAGCUACACUAUUAAAAAUUUGCUUGAAACUUGGUUUUGAGAAAAAAUUACAGAAUGCUAUUGAAAAAAAGUUAAUGAGUGGGCUACUACAACAUCAUUAAUGCAAAAAAUUACAUCAGUUGGAUUGGCUUUUGUGUAAUCGGUUGUCUAAUUUUUUAAAACUUCGAAUACGCUUCUACAGAUACGGACUAAACUGUGGCACUUAUUAAUAAGCCUUGUAAAAAAGAACUUUGACACAGAACUUUUCUAUUCUAACAAACUAGGACUUCCUAGAUCUUCUAGGAUUCAAAAACUAUUGUACCUUUUUUAAGAGAGAUGAUAUUCCUGACACUAAAUGCUUUUAAUUGUGAGUGGACUAAUUGCGUGUGGCAUUUUUGAUUAGACGUACAUAUUAGUUCACUAAUAAGUGCUAUUAUAGUUUCGUUUCCAACGAAUCAAAUGUAUAAUUUCUUUUUUCUACCAAAAUAUCAGUGAUCUUACAUUUAACUAUUUAUAAUGCAAGCUUUUAAAAUAUAUAUAACGAACUUGAAAUUUUAAUCGUUUUGAUUGUUCAAAAUAUCAAAUGAAUGUUAUUAUUGUCACGCUCAGCAAUCAUUUUGGCACAGUCUGUGUCAUUGUGUCAGAGAGCAUAGAUAUUGUAAAAAUUUAACGGAUACUGAAUAUUAAUGGAUAGAAUGGAUCAAUCGAUAAUAUUAUCAUGAGAAUAUUAGUGCCAAACAUAAUUCUUGCUCAGCGGAUGCCGGAUGGCAUUCUCUUUGGGUUGUGUGAUCAUUAGCCAUGGUAAAAGUAAAGUGCAUUCAAUAUUAAAUUUUAUGAAAAUUAUUUUCAAUCAAAGAUUAUCCUCCUAUGAUAGUCACUGAUUGAAUAGUAAAAGCGUUAAUUGAGAUUGAAAGAAUUAAUUCAAUCAAAUAAAGGUAACGAUACCGUAGUUGGAGAAGCAAAAAGCAUGGCUUUUCAAUAAUAGGCUACAUUAUAGACAAAAAAUAAUAUCAUUUGAAGGUUGGAAGCAUUAUCAUAAAUCCUUUUUCCUUCUGUAAGUAAGAUUAAAGCUACUCAAUUUUCAACUGAUAGGUUUUUACUCGUCUAUUUACAUUGUUGAAAUGCUAAAGUGCGUACAAACCUAACAUUAGUUGAUAAAAAGCAAAAUAAAUUCGUGUUUGUGGUGCAUAAGUCUGUAUACACGCCUUUAGAAUACUGAUGUGUUUCACGUACGAUGGUACGAUUAUCGAUGCAAAUACGAUAUGAAACUAUUUUUCAUUGUUAUGUUUGUACGAAAUGUUUGGGCCUAGGCACUAUAAUAUUCUGUCAGACAUAUUUUUUCAAAUGAAUAUUCUCACUUAUCUAUUAUCAUUUGAGUUGACUUGUUGGAAUUGUUCUGUCUAGGUACUAGAAAAAAGGAAAGAAUCCUCUUUUAUUGAAUUUGUUCAAUGAGAUAGAAACUCUUCAAAUUUUUAUUUUCAAAAUCUGUACGAUUGCUGUAUAUCUCGAUGAUUGUAAUCAAAUCAAUAAUAUAUAGAUCAUGAUACUAUAUCAUGUUGAUGUAUCUACCUGAUAACUGAUUGCAUUUUAUGUCAAUUGUGUAUUAUAAACUGUGAUAGAUCUAAGGUGAUUGCUUGAUGUCGUCUCAUCCUUUCUUAGAAUAAUAAUCUUAUUGUUAAAUCUCAGAAAAUUAACUUGAUUUGACUCUUCUUGAAAUACAUAUACUUUGAUACGGUGUAAUUUCACAGUGAAUGUAAUUUAAGUCUAAAAUUGUGUUAUUUGCUCUCCAAUUAUUUCACUGUAUAUUCACAGUGAGAUAAUCUAGUGUAUCGUGCAAUAAAUUAAAUUAGUGUUCUAAAUCUAAAUAGACGUUGAAUGUAACAUAUUGCAAAGCAUUGAAGCUUAUCUCUAAUCAUCCUCGUUUAUGCUUCCACAUUUAAUCAGUACCGUAUUUAAUUUGAUUGUAACUUCUUGUUGCUUGUUGAUUUGAUUUUUUUAUAGAAUUCAAAGAACAGAAAAAUGAUGUCACCUAACUCUCCUUCAUCAGAAUUACAUCAAAUUCCAUAAACAAUGGAUACAAAAUUCAUGUUUUCAUUUUCAUUCAUGUAAAUCAUACAAUCUUGGAAAAUAAUAUACUACGGUAGCCAAGUUCAAGUUAUAAAAAAAUCAAUAUCAUCAUGUAGCGAUUAACCUAGUUAUUCUACAUUAUUCUUCGCUAAUUCAUCCAUAAUUCAAAAACUUCUUACAUUAAACUAAAAACUAAAUCAAAUUUAGAACUAAAAUAAAUGAUUUGUGAUGCAGCAAAUUUGAUACAUCAGUCACACUUACAGGCCUAAUUGUGAUGAAUAGCCUUUGCACAAGAUUGCUUGUGUUGAGUAAAUGCAGUACAUUUUUAGAAAUUUAUUUCUUUGUUUUGAAUUGAAUUGAUUUUUUUUAUGCAUAAUCAUGUACAGGUACCGUACUUUAAGAGCAGCGUCAACAUAAUACAAACAAACAUAACAUGAAAAGCAUGGUAGUAGAAAACAGUUUUAAACCUCCUAUAGAAAUAGCCAAAAUUGAUAAACAAUCAAUAUCAUAACCACUCGAUUCACUCUCCCAUUGUAUGUACCGUACUUAUGGUUGAUAGUUUAUUUCAUUAUCGUUUAUUGCAAAUCAUUUUUUGGAAAACUCAUUGAUUGUUUUUGAAAGAAACAAACUUUGAACAUAUUUUCCCAUCACUCUCUCAGCAAAGCCCCAAUAGCCAAACAUUACAAAAUAGGCAGGUAGGUACCCUCUAUUGGAAAAUUGAUUGUUAUUGUUUUAAUAUUAGUGAAAUAAUAUUAAAAGAAUUCAUGAGAAAUGGUUGAAUGGAAAUUUUAAUGCGAUGUAAACAUUAUUUGAAUUGUGCUUAUAUCAUGGUUGAUGUGUUUGUAUUAUGAAUCUUUCAUGUUUAUAGCAUGUAAAAACUAUAUAAUUUAUAAUGAUUAUUCAAGAUAAUACUAUUAAAAAGUAUAUUUAUAUUGUUGACUGUUCAAAAACAAAGGGACCUAGCUAUAAAAUUUGUACAGAUUUAUCAAAAUAGUAAAUACGUAUAAUUAUUAUAUUGAUGGCCUACUCUUUUGAAUUUUCUAAACUAUUGUAAAAUAAAAUGCACAAAUUUCAAACUAAAAAGCAUGUUUAUCUCUACGAACCAAUAUAGUACUCAAUCAUAAUUUCAAAAGAGCGGUAAUUUUAUGAGUGUACCAUCUGAAUAUAUAUAAUAAUAUACUCUUAAAGAGAGUACUAUUUUAUGAUCUUAGAAUAUUUUAUGAUUGAGAUCAAUGCUGUACUUGAAUAUAAUAAUUCACUUGCUGGGUCGGAGCUUUAAUGACUAUACUAAUAUUAUCAAUGGAAAUAAAUUUAUUAUUAUAUGUAAUAGUAUUCGUAUAAUUGGAAAAUUAUAAAGUACUGUAAAAUAUUUAUCAUAUAAUGAGUACGGUAUACAUUAUUUGUAACUAUGAAACUCUAUCUUUGCCAAUAUAUAAAUAAUGUGAAACUCUAUUGUUGAUAAUAUUUCUCUACUCUAUGUUGAUCUGUCGAUUUUCUAUAUAAACGUGAGGUACCUAGAAACUAUAAAAAUGUUGUUGUUUGAGAAUUCCUGCACAAUUUUCUAUAAUAAUUCUGUUAUAAUGAAUCUCGUCUUGAUUGUCUCAAUUUACAUCCCCAUCAAUAUCUAGAUGUGUGGUAAUUUUAAUAUCCAAUAACAUAUAUUAUUAAUCAAUUUUGUUUGUAAUAUGUUCUUUUCUAUUUCUAUCACUGUAACAAUGUCAACUAUCACUCAAAUAUCAAUCAUUUUCAAGUUAGUUAUUGAUUCAUAUUUAAAUUCAGUUUUAACAAUAAUUAUUUGUAUUUCCUAUUUUAUUUAUUGACUCCAGCUGUCUAAUUUCAAAAGAAUGAACUAUUUCUGACUAAC